UCAAUUUCUUCACCAUAUUUCUCUCUCAGACUUAUUUCUACUCAUUAAAAAUCCUUCAGUUAACACUGAGCAUCAUCACUCUUUUACUCCAUCCAGAAAUGGGUUGUGGUCACAACCCCAAAUUACUAAUUCAUCAUCAUCAUCAUCAUUUAACCAUUUAUCCUCUACUCUUUCUCUCCAUUCUAUUCACAGCCCAAUUCAUAUCUUUUGCUCAAGGUAGAGUGCUAAUUGGAAAAGCAGCCAAUUCUCAUUCUCAGGUGGAUGAAGAGAAGACAAUACUAAGAGGACAAAUAGGAUCAAGACCUCCAAGAUGUGAAAGAAGGUGUGGUUCAUGUGGUCAUUGUGAAGCCAUUCAAGUGCCCACAACUCCACAAACCAAGACUACCACAAAUGAAGUUAUUAAUCCAAAAGCAAUAGCUACAAUUGCAUAUGCAAGAGGUGAUUAUACCUCUAACUACAAGCCCAUGAGUUGGAAGUGCAAAUGUGGGAGCUUUCUCUUCAACCCAUGAUGAGUCCUAAUUAAUCCUAUAUAUAUUAGUUAAAUAUUUUUCAUUAUAAGUAAGUAAUUAUAUAUUAGUAAGUGUACAUAUAGGAGUAGUAAGAUUAAUUGUUGAUGUUCAAGUAGAUUAUCCUCCCAAGGGGUUCUUUUGGUUAUAAAUUUUAACCUUUGAGUUUGAGUCCUGCCUUUUUCAUGAG